AAGCUCAGUCAGCGCGUCACACCAACCAGCCAAUCCUGUGUCAGCGUCAGCACAUAGAAAUUUGCAUAAGCGCCGCUAUACAUACGUCGUCGUGAGCGCCUUUCCCAACAUUCGUUUGUCCUCCGAGAAGCGGCAACAAUGCCUGAUCCAGUCAAAGCACCCAAAAAAGGCUCCAAGAAAGCCGUCUCCAAAGCCACCAAGACCGGCAAGAAGAAGAGGAAGCCCAGGAAGGAGAGCUAUGCCAUCUACGUCUACAAGGUCCUCAAGCAGGUCCACCCGGAUACCGGCAUCUCUUCCAAGGCCAUGAGCAUCAUGAACUCCUUCGUGUCCGACAUCUUCGAGCGAAUCGCCGGGGAGGCUUCUCGCCUGGCGCACUACAACAAGCGCUCGACCAUCACUUCCAGGGAGAUCCAGACGGCCGUUCGCCUGCUCCUGCCUGGAGAACUGGCCAAACACGCUGUGUCUGAGGGCACCAAGGCUGUGACCAAGUACACGAGCUCCAAGUGAGCUAUUACUUUACCACCCAAAGGCCCUUUUCAGGGCCACACACACUAUUCUUAACUGGGCAAACUUCUACACCAAUUUCUCUUACAGAAUAUAAGAAACACAUCACCCUUUUAUUAAAGGGGUAAAAUCAUUAUGUACAUGUUUAUAUACAGUGAGCAACAGUAUGUUGAGCCCAGAUGUUUGUGGUGCAUUAGCAGGGCUGUAGUUUGACACAACCUACUUGUUUAGAUGUAAAGGUAUGUUUCUAUACAUACCUAUGAUACAUUAGUCAGGACAUUUUAAGGGGUUUAAAUCUUACACACAUGUACAGUGUUCCCUUGCUCUAUUAUGGUUGUUUUAACAAGGAUACAGAAACAACAGUGCAGUGGAACGGCACCAGGAUGAAAAGGCACAGAAUUAUGGAUGAGUAAUUUCUUGUGUUGAUCAUUAAAAUGCAACAUGAGGUUUGAGUGUUUGAACUAGAAAUGUUAUUCCCGGUCAGAGAAAAGUGUAUGAUUAGGCCAAUCAGGAUGUACAGACCUUACGUUUUGUGUUCGAAUCCUGUGUAAGGUAUCAGUAAUGUCGAGUGAGCACCUGUUCAUCCAUAUGAACAGUUAUUGCUUUACAACUCAUAGUGGCACUCAUCCACAAAUUCUUCAUAUCUGGAUUAGAUCAGUAUCAGUGAGUUCCUGGAAUAAACAAAUGAACUUUCUCUAG